UCCGGUUAAAAGUGGCAGCGAUUAGGCGGAGUGUGAGCUGCAGAGUGCGGGUGAAGGGAGUCACGGUGCCUGGGCUGGGUCGGUAGCUCUCCUCGGCGGUCACGGAGCCCGGCGCACCGGAGAAUCGCCGCGGAACUUGAUGCUGAAUCUGACAAAAGCAGGAAGAAAGUUUGGAAGUUGACAGCAUCUGAGCAGCGUGUUCCGGGAUCUUUCUCUCCCCCACCACCCGCAAGGGUUGCAGGAUGUCGCCUCUCUCUCUCAUCCUCCUCGCCGUUGAACUCUUUGGCUUCUCCGCACCUUCCAAACCUCCCCGGUUCGACCGGACUCUGUUUCUUAUAGCUGAGAGUGACCGUGGGGGCCUCUGCAACAUUGACUGCUCCAGAGCCCAACAGAAACCAGUCUGUGGGAGCGACAGGAAACUCUACAAAUCCCACUGUGCCUUCCAACGUGCAAAAUGCAGGGACCCGACCCUCGAAACGAUGUCACGGAGUCGAUGCAGCGAGAGGGCUAAAGUAAGAUGCCAGGAAGACAGAGCCCAAGCACUGGCACAAACAAGGAAGGCAACAGACUCCAUCAUUGUACCAGAAUGCAAUGAGGAUGGCUCCUUUGCACAGGUUCAGUGCCAUAAGUUAACAGGCUACUGCUGGUGUGUCACACCUGAGGGCAAACCAGUCAGUGGAUCUUCAGUCCACAACAAGACUCCGACCUGCUCAGAUUCCACAAAGGACAAAGCUUCCCAGAGGGAUCAUGACUCCGGCAGAAUGGAACAAGGAAUCAAGCUUCGAGCUACCACAAGAAGUGAAGCAGUGGAUAAUCCCAAGCAGAAGCCAGUGGAAGAGAAGCAUAAAGAUGCUCUUCUGGUCUCUAAAAAUCCAGGUGAAGUAUCUGUGGUAUCAGCACACAAUUACGUAGAAGUGACUACUAUGUCUGUUCACUACUGGGAUGUGGACCAGCCAGUGUCAUGUGAACAGGAGCGACAAGCUGCCAUCGAAGAAGCAAAACAGCAUCAGUACGAGGGAGCCUUUGUUCCGCAGUGCAGCACUGGUGGAUUAUACAAACAGGUGCAGUGUCACCAAGCCACUGGAUACUGCUGGUGUGUUCAGGUCAAUUCAGGCCUCCCAAUCCAAGGCACAACUGCACGUAAUCAAACACCUGACUGUGGGAGUGGUGCAAGGUCAAAAUCUCUAGAUGGGCCCCUCUUCAGGGAUAGAAAACUCCAAGGUUGCCCUGGUGGGAAGAAGACCGAGUUUGUAACAGGAUUGCUGAAGUCUCUCAUUAUGGAUAUGGCCCAGGCUGGCUCCCAUCUAACAUGGAGAAGGGUUUCUGAAGGAUCAGUUGGCUUUCUGCUGGAAGACCGUGCCAUUCGCUGGUACUUUGGCAGGCUGGACAAGGAUUUCAACAAUGAGAUCUCUGAGAAAGAGCUGAGGCCCUUUAAGGUUUACCUGAGGAAGAAUGCAAAGCCAAGAAAGUGCACCAGAAAGUUCAUUGAAUACUGCGACCUCAAUGGCAACAAGUCCAUUUCACUGAACGAGCUGAAGGGAUGCUUGGGGUUCAUCAAAAGCAGAAGUGUUCACAUAACAGCAACUGAAUGUGGAUUGCCUCCUAACCUGAAGGUCUGA